CCUGGACGUCAUUACAUUCUACCACUGAGCUCAUUACAGAAUAAUAAUAACAUAAUAACUCCUCCAACAGAGACUCCAGAACAAGUUUACACCUUAAAAUGUUUAGGCAGAGACAACGUUGCUUGUUCUUUUGUGUCUGACUGAGCUCUGAUGCUAAAUGUUGCCUUGCAGCUGUUCCCAUGACUAACAGCUGAUGUUAACAUUUAAACACCAAAUAUUCUGCGCACACGUCGUCCGUGUCAUAACUACAACCUCCUGGUUUAUGAAAUACACCAGUUUCUCUGUCUGAACGUGUUUUUAUGAAUUUUUUUUCCCCACAAAUCCUCACAAAUCCACCCGUCACUGUUAAAUUUAAGCUGCGUUCCGCUCCUUUUAAAAACAUAUUUUUUAUUAUUAUUGUUGAGAAAAGGAAAGAUAAGUAACUGUUAUCAUAACUGGAAAUAUCAUAAAAUAUUUAAUAAAUAAUCAUUUGGAAUGAUUGUGAAAUUUUAAGCAUUAAAAACUAAAUUAAAUUAAAUUAAAUUAAAUUAAAUUAAAUUAAAUUAAAUUAAAUUAUGGAGACAACAGUCAGAACAACAAGGUCCGGAUUUCUCCAUCAGUCAGUCCAGGAGGUUUCCCUCUCUCCUUCUCUCCUCCUCUCCUCUCCUCUUCCUCCUCCUCUUCCUCCUCCUCUCCAGCCACUGUUGACGUCCAUGGCUCUGUCACCCACAUCACCGGUUUCCACGCGGCUCUCCGGUCCAGUCAUGUAGUCAUUAUGGCUCUUCUAUUUCCCUCCGUGUUCACACCCGUCCUCUGUUCGUCUCCUCUCGGCUCUCCUGUCGUUCAUACCUAGUUUUUAAUUUUUAUUUUGUUGUAGUUAAUUUGUCGCUUUCUCUGUCGGAAACUCCGCUUUUCUUUUGCGCUUUUUUUUUUUUUGCUGGAGUUUUCGUGCGUCCGAGCAUCCCUCCCUCUCCCUCCACGGUCUCCAUCCCUCCACCUGGACCUGGCGCUCAUCUCCCCUGUUCAACCGUCCCGUGCGGUCAUUUGUCGUCGUCGUGACUCUUUAAUUGUUUCUUGGCAGAGUUGGAACCCCCCGGGGAGAAGCCUCACAUGAGUGCGCCUCCGCUGAUCCGUGCGCCCAGCCCGCUCCCGUUCUCAGGGGUGACAAGCAACAGCAACACCGGCAACGGGGGAGGCGGAUUAGGGUUAGGGGGAGGAGGUGGAGGAGGUGGAGGAGGAGGCGGUGGAGGAGUGAUCUCCUUCCACAUCCAGAUCGGUCUGAGCCGGGAGCCGGUGCUGCUGGACGCCGCGGAGCUCAGCCUCAGUCAGGUCCGGGAGGUGGCGUGCUCCAUCGUGGACCAGAAGUUGCCUGAAUGUGGUUUCUACGGGAUGUAUGAGAAGAUCCUGCUGUUCCGUCAUGACCAGACGAUGGACAACGUGCUGCAGCUGCUGCGCUCUGCAUCCCAGAUCCAGGAGGGAGACCUGGUGGAGGCCAUACUGUCAGCUUCAGCCACAGUGGAGGACUUCCAGAUCCGUCCCCACUGUCUCUUCGUCCACUCGUACCGAGCUCCGGCUUUCUGCGACCACUGUGGAGAGAUGCUGUGGGGACUCGUACGACAGGGACUCAAAUGUGAAGGUUGUGGUCUGAACUAUCACAAACGUUGUGCCUUUAAAAUCCCCAACAACUGCAGCGGCGUGAGGAGGCGUCGUCCGUCCAACGUCUCAUUGACGGGAGGCAUCAUCAACAUCGGACGCCCCCUCUCCGCCGAACCUUCGCCUCCACACUACACCGACGAGGCUUUACUGUCUCCAGUCAGUCCCAGCAUGGAGCAGAAAAACCAAUUAGACUAUUUUCCCGGAAGGGAGCGGCGCUCCAGCUCCCAGUCGUACGUCGGACGUCCCAUCGAGCUUGAUAAGAUCUUACUGUCCAAGGUCAAAGUUCCCCACACCUUCCUGAUCCACUCGUACACCCGACCCACCGUCUGCCAGCACUGCAAGAAGCUGCUGAAAGGCCUCUUCAGGCAGGGCCUGCAGUGCAAAGAUUGUAGAUUUAAUUGUCAUAAACGCUGUGCCCCAAAGGUGCCAAACAACUGCCUGGGGGAAGUUUCCAAAAAUGGAGAGCUCCUGAGCCCGGGGGCGGAGUCGGACGUUGUCAUGGUGGAGGGUUGCCUUGACGACCACGACGUGGACCGAGGCGGCGGCCUGUUGGACGACAUGGACGAGGCGCUGACGUCCGAGGGGGGGCUGCUGCUGGAGGCGGGGCCAAGCGACCUCUGCGACCUGCACGACCCCGACCUGGACGAGUCCAACCGGGCCAUCAGCCCGUCCACCAGCAACAACAUCCCUCUGAUGCGAGUGGUUCAGUCCGUCAAACACACGAAGAGGAAGAGCAGCAGCGUGAUGAAGGAGGGAUGGAUGGUCCACUACACCAGCAAGGACACUCUGAGGAAAAGACACUACUGGCGGUUGGACAGUAAAUGCAUCACGCUGUUUCAAAAUGAGACAGGGAGUAAAUACUACAAGGAGAUCCCUCUGUCGGAGAUCUUAUCCCUGGAGCCGGCUCAGACUUUCUCUCUGCUUCCUGAUGGAGCUAAUCCUCACUGCUUUGAGAUCGCCACGGCGUCACUGGUCUAUUACAUCGGAGAGAAUCUUCAGAGAGUCGAGUCUUCUGUGUCAGGAAGCAGCAUUCUGGUCAGCGGAGUGGGGCAGGACGUGGCUCGGAUGUGGGAGAUGGCGAUCCAGCACGCUCUGAUGCCGGCCGUCUCUACAGGAGUUUGUCACAGCUCUCACCACAGUGGACACAAGGAAGUUUCCGUCAGUAUUUCUGUCUCCAACUGUCAGAUCCAGGAGAAUGUGGACAUCAACUCCGUGUAUCAGAUCUUCCCGGACGAGGUUCUUGGUUCGGGACAGUUUGGCAUCGUGUACGGAGGUAAACACAGGAAGUCCGGUCGAGACGUCGCCAUCAAGAUCAUCGACAAACUUCGCUUCCCCACCAAACAGGAGAGUCAGCUGAGGAACGAGGUGGCCAUCCUGCAGAGCCUGCACCACCCGGGCGUAGUCAACCUGGACUGCAUGUUUGAGACUCCAGAGCGAGUGUUCGUGGUGAUGGAGAAGCUCCACGGAGACAUGUUGGAGAUGAUCCUGUCCAGUGAGAAAGGCCGUCUCCCCGAGAGGAUCACCAAGUUCCUGGUGACACAGAUCCUGGUGGCUUUGCGUCAUCUCCACUUCAAGAACAUUGUCCACUGUGACCUGAAACCAGAAAACGUCCUGCUGGCCUCUGCAGACUCUUUCCCACAGGUGAAGCUCUGUGACUUUGGAUUCGCUCGAAUCAUCGGUGAGAAGUCGUUCAGGCGUUCGGUGGUCGGUACGCCGGCUUAUCUGGCUCCCGAGGUCCUGAGGAACAAAGGCUACAACCGCUCCCUGGACAUGUGGUCAGUCGGAGUCAUCGUCUACGUCAGCCUCAGUGGGACGUUCCCUUUCAAUGAAGACGAAGACAUCAACGAUCAGAUCCAGAACGCUGCCUUCAUGUACCCUCCUCACCCCUGGAAGAAAGUCUCCCAGGAAGCAAUUGACCUGAUCAACAACCUUCUGCAAGUGAAGAUGAGGAAGAGGUUCAGCGUGGACAAGACGCUCAGUCACCCCUGGCUCCAGGACUACCAGAUGUGGCUGGACCUGAGGAACCUGGAGUGUCGUAUGAACGAGCGCUACAUCACCCACGAGAGCGACGACCUGCGCUGGCAUCACCACGCUCAGCUGAGCGGCCUGGACUACCCGGCCCAGCUCGCCAACGGGCCCCGGGGCGACGGAGUCCCAGCCCUGGACCGCUACAAGGAGCGGGACGAGGAGCUGGAGACGCUCAGCGAGAGGGUCAGUGAACUCUGAGGACCAGGAGACGGAGGAGACGGCGCAAAGGAAACCAACAAAGGAUUCGCUUCUUCCACCUAAAUCUCCUCUUUUCUAUGAACCAAACUCAACCGUUUUCUUUGCGGCUUCACUUCGUUGCUCUGACUUAACGAUUUCUUUAAUUAGAACAGCUCAUAUUUCAUAAAUGCUUCUUUUAAUUGUGAGAUUCUUAUUUUGUCUCAACAGUUUCCACUUCGUUAUCUCGACGGUUAUGAGAUUUAGAUGAUUUUAUCUCAUAAUUACAAAUUAAUUACGUCACAUAAUUAGGCUCCUUUUGUUUUUUUAAAGUUACACUUUAAAUCUCUCAUGACUAUUUUUUUAUUUUCAUUAAAACUAGAGAACCUUGUUUUGUACAAACAACAUAAAGAUCCUAAUUAUUUGAAUCUUUCAGUUUCUAUAUGUGAACAAAACAAGCCUCUUAUAAAUAUAAAAUAUUGAUCUUCUCAUUGGUCCUAAUUAUAUAUACACACACAUAUAUAUCAGAUCAGAUUCACAAUAUUCACUAUUUUCUUACUGAAUUUGAUUGAAUAAAUAAUAACUUGUAAGAUCUUAACGUUUUAAAUACAAAACAAGGAUUCUUUCUUCUAACCUCAGUUAUUUCUUUAUUCAUCCUGAACUUUCCACCACGUCCUCCCCACGCUGCUAAACCAGGACUCAGAUGAUCCACGGUAAAAUCUGGGGAUUAAGUCAAGUUAAACCUGAAUUAUAUCAUUAAAAAAACUGUAAAUAUCAAAACAUAAAGUGACACAACUUUCUGAGCUAAUUCCAACUCGGCUCCAAAUGAUCCCAACGAAUUCAUGAGUUUUCAUUUUUAAUCAAUGAAAUAUUUAAUCUUUAGUGAAAUUAAUCAGUGAUCGUCUCCACGACACCAGUUCAGCUCGUACGAGGGAACUUCUCUAAAACCUCGUCGUCUUAUUUAGUGGCGUCAAAGCCGCCUUAAAAACAAAGAAGAAGAAGAAUGUGAUGAGGUGUUGGUAGUUGAUCAUCAUUCAGUAAAACCACUGAACAGAAUCAUGGAGUCACUCAGGUUAAAGGCUGCAGCCAAACAACAACAACAAACACAGACGCUGCAACGUCUCAAAGAAAAGUUUCCUGGAGUCUAAUCGUAGAAGUUUAGGGAGCAGAGAACAGAUUUACUGGACUGUAGAACAGGGUCCAGCUCUGGAUCAGGGUCAAACGAACCCGUUCAGCUCGUCCUUGUUUCCGCCCGAUGAGACGUCAUCAGGUUUCAGGGUUUCAUUCCCAAAACAAAUAUCCAACAUAGUGAGGUUCAUCCACAUCAAUGAGCUACUGAGAAUGGAUAUGUAGCAUUUAGGAAUGAAAGCACUCACAUGAAACACAGCGCCACCUACAGUAAAUACCAAAAACUACAACACAACACAUCACUGCUUUCUGUUACUAUCCAACACACUCCUCUCCUGCUCCGCGGCCAAUCAACGUACAAAUGGUUGUUUUUUUAAUCAAAAAGUAUUAAAAACAUGAAUAAAGAGUAAAAAAAAAAAGGAAUGCUUUAAAAGACAAACACAUGAUGUCCAUCUGAAUGCUAACGCAGCGUCUUCUGUAAACCGCGUGAAUGUUUGUUUCUCUGCGCAAAGUUAAACUCAGAUACCGGCUGUUCUAGUUCUGUAUGGGACACACGCUAACACGCUAACACUGGUUAAAUAGACGUUUUUCUUUAAUCAGCUGAUGCUAGCAGAUGCUAAAUAGAUGUCAUAGUUUGGACCAGACUGUCCUCAGUGGCUUCACUCACCAAUAAACGUAAGAAGAAAAACUGGCUUCAUUCGUUCAUAUGCAAGGCUCAUACUUACUAUUCAUUUAGUUAUAGUUUAAUUAUUUUAAUGUUUGUUUAAGACUUUUCUCCUUUAAGCUGAGAUGCUUUGAGUGAAGCCCAGUUCACCUCCUCCCAUACAGACACUAGAGAGGACAGCACGUAUACGGGUUUCUGAUACGAUCUGAAAAACAAGGGCUGCUUCUCCAGAGCCUCCACGGCCUCGUCCUCUUCGUGCCUCUUCUCUCGCUUCGGUUUUUGCUGGAACUGACAUUUCAGCUUCAUCUGGAGCAGAAAUGUUUGUCUUCUCCGUUUCUCCGUGAAGAUCUUGACUUGUCGUAUGUGUUUCUAAAUGAUCCGUGGCCAGCGGGACGUGUUUCAUGUGUUAAGAAUUUAAAAGCACGAGCUCUGAGGUCAUUGAUUUGUUGGUUCUUGAUGAGACCAGUUCACAUUCUUUAAAUCGACCGACUCGUCUCUGAUGACGUCACCAAUAAAAACCCAGUAGAAAGCGAUGAAUCUAGAUUGUUGACCUGAGAGCAGACGGAUCAUGUGCUUCAUACUGAGAGCUGCAGAUAUGUAUAGUCUGUAUAAAAACAGGCUGCACCUCAGCACCGUCAGUAGCAUCUACUAGUGCUCCACCUACAGGCUGUUGGUAGAUGGACGGUGGAGCAGGUGGUUCUAUAGUAACUUUAUCAAAUAGUUGACGUGAAGCCUCCUUCUCUCUGGUUCCACAGGACGUUUGGUGAAGUUGUUGCUGACCUGCUAGCGUUAGCCUUUUUAGCUGCAGUAUUUCAGGACUGACAUGUCACGGUAGUUUGGGCUUCAUCUUUAGUGAAGACGACUUGAUGAACCGAUGACCCGCUGGACUGGAUGUUGUUAUUGUCACGUGAUCAGAGACCAGUCGACCCACUAGCCUCAACUAGACGUAAACUUUGUUCAGUACAGAGUUCGCAGGUUUGAACUCGUCAAGUAAUUUGGAAAAUCCCAAAUUCUCCAAUUAAAAAUGAGUGUUUUAUAUUAGUAUAAAGUUAAUGUAGAUAUCAGAACAACAAGGGCUUCUUUAAGACUCACUGUCAGCCAUCUUGUUAGCUUCAGUUGCUAACAUGCUCUACUUCUGAUACUGGAGAUUUAACUACCAAGAAAAGAAAUACAAUAUAAUCUCUUUACAAAUCUAAAAUCUGAAUGGUUUCUUUCUUCUGGUUGUAAAAAAUAAAUAAAUAAAUAAAUAAAAAACAGUGUUUAUAAUAUGUUUCAACCGUUGCACAAAGCUAAGCUAAGCUAAUCUCAGAAACUUUAUUCCUUGACGGUGGGAGAUGUUAAAGUGGUGCGUUGGUGAGGAAGUGGCCCGUGUUGAAUGUUUAAUGAGUUUAAUCUCAGAGCUACAAGAGGACAAACGUUUUCCUGUGAAUGUGUUUUCGCUUCACUCGUGCGUCCGAAUGCUCGACUGUUUCUAAACGUGGCUUCGCUCACAAAGUGUCUGCAGGAAUUUCAAAGAUGUAUUUUUUUCCGAGCUCAUGAAUAAAGAUAUUUUAAAAAUCAA